UCGGUCACGUGGCGGGAAACGCACCGUGGAAAUUUCGCCGUCGUCGGCGCGGAAGUCACGGCGGAGCGAUCGGCCGGCAUGCCGCGACGAACCACCUGUGAAAGGGACGACGACGAACGUUCGACGACGACGGCCGGAGAGGCCGCGUCGUCGCGACCUCGCGACGUGCGCGCGACAACGCGAGUUUCGCGCGCGAGUUCCAGUGAGAAUCGAACACGCACCGAUCGCGCACCGACGAAAUCGCAGUCCAGUGAAAACGUCGCCGAAUGAAUUGCGAUUAAACGUAGCGGGCGAUAUUUAAUUCGGGGCGAUCCCACUUUGUUUAAAACAAGAGAGGAGCGGAAAUAGAUUAUCGGGGCAUCGCGAUUAACGCGGCCGAAUCGAUCCAACUAACUAACUCGACUGAGAGUUCAUUAGGGCUUCCCCGCCUACGAGAAAUCGCGUUUCCUCGCGCGGAACAACCCUGCUUGAAGAACCUGCAACACCGAUCCGAAGAGAGAGAGAGAGAGAGAGGGGUUGUGCGUGCGAACACGAUAAGGUCGAAUGACGUGCGACAAAUCCCGUUUGGGAAUCGAUUAAAGGCCGCAACGGCGCGUGCAGGAUUUAAUGGCUUCGAAGCGGCUGCGGCCGCCGGCGGAUUUAAUCGCGCGUGGUUUGAUCGCCUCGACGAUCGUACACUCGCGUGCGUGUUUCCGCACGAACGAAGAUGCAGCCCCGGUCUCGUCUCGCGAAAGACCUUCCGCCAUUCGCCGAAUCGCCGGUAAUUUAUUGCGAGAAAGUGCACGAUUCAGGACGCUACCGAUCGUAACUUCUUCUUCUCUAGCGAAGACAGGAUCGAUUUAUUGGCUAAUCGUCGGUCCUGCUCGUUAGAUUUCUUACUACGACGUUAAUUAACUCGCUUUUGUGCGUGAGAAUUAUACCUUCGAAAUUGUUAAAAAUACGGCUUUCUUCUUUCCAUUAAUUGUGCAAGCAACGCCGAUUCCGCCGCGCAAAGGUGGAAGAUUGAAAGCUGCGAGGCGUUACUGCAGCUGGAAAAUUAAUCGUGUUAAUCGGGCCGAAAUGAAACGCGACUUUCGCCGCGGGAUUUACGGAAGAUAAACAUUCGUUCUUGCCGUCUCGCAAAUUGAUAUUCUCGCUCGAGCCACUCGAGCGCAGAAGCUACUUUAAACGACCCCCCAGCUUUAAGUGAAGAAGCCAAUCACAGGACGUUUGCAGUGCGGGCGAUUCCUCACGAGCUUUCCUCGUCGGGCGCGACACGGGGGGUAAUUAAUGGUGAACGCGGACGAGAGAUAUAGACUCGAUGAUGUCACUUAAAGCCGUCCCUUGCUCAACGAAAGCGGCGGUUAAAGCUUUAAUAAAGCCCGUGAAAGCGAUGUACGACGGUUGUUCGCGCGGGGCCGACGAUAGGUCGUGGAUUCCUCAUGGAUUUUCUCGGACCGCAUCUCCGCGCGACGGGGGCCGCACGAACCGAGCAAAGUCCCGGCAUUGCCGAAAGUGCUGCCGACGUAAAAUUGAAAUUCAUCCCGAACAGAGGAGAGAUCGCUCGUACAUGCGAGGCCUGGUAAACACGUAGUUCCGAGGGCCCCGCUUCCACCGGGUGGAAAUACGCGAUAGCAUAAACUCGUACGUGAUCCGCACGGAGGAAGAGAGCACACACAGCUGGCCUAAAAAGCCGCAGGAAGCUCUGACCGGCGCGCUCUCUCUCUUGUCUUUCAAGAUGUUGACGACCAUGUCGACCGUCGCGAUCGAAUUAAAUUCCUCUUAUUACACCACGGCGAUCGGCAACAGCGCACUCGACGGAUUCUCAGUGAUCGAGCCGGAGAACGCCACUUCCGCUCUGUACAUGCUGCCUGCUUACAUCCGAACGACCUCGAUGGUGGCGUGCAUCAUCGUCAUGAUUCUGGGCAUAGUCGGUAACCUGAUGGUGCCGUUGGUCGUGCUGCGCGGCAAGGACAUGAGGAACAGCACGAACAUCUUCCUCGUGAAUCUCAGCGUCGCCGACCUCUGCGUGCUCGUGAUCUGCACGCCCACCGUGCUGAUAGAGGUCAAUUCCGGGCCGCAAAUCUGGCCGCUCGGCGAGCACAUGUGUAAAGCCGUCCCCUUUGUGGAACUAACGGUGGCUCACGCCUCGGUUCUCACGAUUCUGGCCAUCAGUUUCGAGCGAUAUUACGCCAUCUGCGAGCCUUUAAGAGCCGGAUACGUGUGCACUAAAGCGAGAGCGACGAUCCUGUGCUUCCUGGCGUGGGUGGCAGCAGCGCUAUGUACAAGCCCGAUGAUCUGGGUAUCGCAGUAUCGCGAAAUGAGGAUGGUUGCUAACGGGAGCGCGGAGGAGGAGAAUCAGGUGGCGGUAUGCCUGACGCAGGCCGACACAGUCGCCAGCGUGACGUUCUUCCUGUUGCUGGCGUUGCUGUUCUUCGUCGCGCCGUUCGCGAUACUCGUGGUGCUGUACUCGUUCAUCGUCCGCCACCUGGUCCGCGACUCGUCGACCGCGUCGUCGACGGCCAGCAAGCAUACCAGCGACACGUACCACACGCGCGCCAAGCGGCAAGUGGUGUUCAUGCUGUUGACCGUAGUGGUGAGCUUCUUCGUGUGCCUGUCGCCUUACCGGCUCUUCAUCUUCUACAUCGUCGUGACGCCCGCCGAACGGAUCGCCGCCGUCGACUCCGACACGUUCUUCGGCCUGCUCAACUUCUGCCGCGUCAUGUUCUACUUGAACAGCGCCGGCAACCCGAUACUGUACAACCUGAUGAGCAGCAAGUUCCGAAGGGGCUUCCUCAGGCUCUGCGGCCUCGAGAAAGAGGAAAGCGAGAGGCGGAUGCGCCGACGGCAGAAUUUGCAUCAGGAGGAGGACUUUGUGUGAUGAUUGCGGCACCAAUUUUCCAGUGAAUGAUGUAGCAGAAAACAAUUCAUUUCGACAGCAGAAAGAGCAUUAAUUGCUGGACAAUUAAUACUCCUAAUCGAUUAUUCUGCUGCCACUAUAUUGACAAACAUUUGCCGUGCAAAAUCUGUUUUCUCCCUGCGUUAUGUGAGUGCGGACGCUUCAAGCCGGAAACUCGGAUCGCGAGAAAACGAUGAAGCACGAGAACACCCGUGGUGAUUGAGUCAAAAGGGGCAUAUCGGAAACUUUUUCCGCCGGAGAAGAACACGGAAGUAUCGGACGAUUCUUACCGUGAUAGAGAUUACAGUGAAUCUGCAAUCGCGCGAUAAAUCGCUGGGAGAAGCUUAAGGCUCGAUAAUUCCGGAGAGUAGAGUCCACUUCGCGGAACGCUAGAUUGGAUGGGACGCUCGAAAAACUCUCCAUUUCCCCUGUCCUGUGUGAGAUAUUAAACUUCUUCUCUCUCUCUCUCUCUCUCUCCCACGAGCGGAAUCAGUCGUCCGAAAAGUUCCGACGUUAAGCAGCGUGAUCUCGUUAUCAGUAUUGCGGGAAAUUAAGUGCUACGCGAGCCCUGCUCGCCUAUCGAUACGUUUUCCCCUGUCACCGGACAGGGAAAUAAAUGGAACGUCGAGCUACGCUACGUGUCGAAUGAUUUCACCUUUCCUCCCCAUCCAUCACUUUUUUACAGUUUAACUCAAUAAAUACGUUGCGCAAUAACGGAGGAGAGAAAGAGGGGGGAUUUUACAGGAUAUCGUUGUAUGUUACAAGAGACGCUUGUGCCGCGUAAGUGACAUUUCGCAGAAAGCUAUUGGGCGGAACGCGCAUCAAUUAUGAUAAUAACAAUAAUAAUAAUAAUAUCUAUCCUUUUAGCCCGAUACUGUUGAUG